CAAAACCAAUUUUACCUCCAAUCUUCAUCAAUUCAAAGCACUAUAAUUCUCUCUCAAUCGCUCUCGCUCUCGCCGGUAACAAUGGCCGCUCUGCAACAAACUCCGAUCACAUUCCAGUCCAGAUCGCCACCGUCGACUCAAAUCACCGCCAAAUUCAAUCCUCUCAAGCCUCUAAACCUCUCGUUCUCCGGCGGUUUCUCCUCCCUCAAAAUCCCCAACCUCACCGUCAAACUCUCCGGCAAAGGCGGCGGCGCCGCAGGAGCCAAGAUGGCCGACAGCGCCGCCGGAAGCUACGCCUCCGCGCUCGCCGAAGUCGCGAAGUCGAACGGAACCCUAGAAGCUACCUCCGCCGACAUGGACAAGAUUGACAAGCUCUUCUCCGACCCUCAGGUCUACAAGUUCUUCGUAAACCCUACCAUCGACCUCGAGAAGAAGCGGAAAGUGAUCGACGACAUCGUAUCGACAUCGAGUCUCCAGCCUCACACGGCGAAUUUCGUCAACAUCCUGAUCGAUAUGAAGCGAAUCGAGCUGGUGAAGGAGAUAGUGAAGGAGUUCGAGGUGGUUUACAACAAAUUGACUGAUACGGAGCUUGCGAUUGUGACUUCGGUGGUGAAAUUGGAGUCGCAGCACUUGGCGCAGAUCGCGAAGGGAGUUCAGAAAUUGACGGGAGCGAAGAACGUGAGGAUCAAGACGGUGAUCGAUCCAUCGUUGGUGGCUGGAUUCACGAUCAGGUAUGGGAAAGAUGGAUCGAAGUUGAUUGAUAUGAGUGUGAAGAAGCAGCUUGAAGACAUUGCUGCUCAGCUCGAUAUCGGAGAUGUUCAACUCGCAGUAUGAGUUCUCAGAGAUUUUUUUUUCUUUUUUUUUUUUGGGAUUUGGGGGUUUAUUAAUGUAUUUUGUUUUUAAUUAAUUUACAUUUUGUUUCCAAUUUAUAUUUUGAGCAAUUGGGAUGUUUCCAUGAAUGUUUUGGAUGAUUUCAAAAUUAAUUGGUAAAUUUUGUGCG